GUCUCUCCGACUCUUCAGAACUAAAAAACCACAACUUUGUCCGAGAAUCACAAGUGGGUCAUAAAAAAAAAUUGAAGCUUUUGUCUGCUUUCAGUCUCUGCGACGCCUCUCUCAAUUGACUCCACUUUGCUCUCCUCUUAUCUGACGACUCUUCAGACCAAUCAAAAACUGAUGGGUGUGAUUGAUGCUCAGUGCCCUCCAUCGUCUUGCAUUCUACGAAAGUCUCAACCUUUGAGGAGAAACAUCACUAGGGUCCACUGUGUUCAGGCCUCAACCAUGGGAGACUCUUUCAUCCGUCCACACUUGAGGCAACUAUCUGCUUACCAACCAAUCUUACCCUUUGAGGUUCUGUCGGCUCAAUUAGGAAGAAAGCCUGAGGAUAUUGUCAAGCUAGAUGCUAACGAGAACCCUUAUGGUCCUCCUCCUGAGGUUUUUGAAGCGUUAGGCAACAUGAAGUUCCCUUACGUCUAUCCUGAUCCUCAAAGUCGUAGGCUUCGUGAAGCGCUCGCUCAAGACUCUGGUCUUGAGUCUGAGUACAUCCUUGCUGGCUGUGGCGCUGAUGAGCUAAUAGAUUUGAUCAUGAGAUGCGUGUUGGAUCCUGGGGAGAAGAUUAUAGAUUGUCCUCCUACUUUCUCAAUGUAUGUGUUUGAUGCUGCUGUCAAUGGAGCUGGUGUCAUUAAAGUUCCAAGGAACCCUGAUUUCAGCUUGAAUGUAGACCGUAUUGCUGAAGUUGUUGAACUAGAGAAACCCAAAUGCAUAUUCCUAACUUCUCCCAACAAUCCAGAUGGAAGUAUCAUCAGUGAAGAGGAUCUGUUGAAGAUUCUAGACAUGCCAAUACUUGUUGUCCUAGAUGAGGCUUACAUAGAGUUCUCAGGAGUUGAAUCAAGGAUGCAAUGGGUGAAGAAGUAUGAGAACCUGAUCGUUCUCCGCACAUUCAGCAAACGAGCUGGUUUGGCCGGGCUUCGAGUUGGAUAUGGAGCGUUUCCAUUGAGCAUAAUCGAGUACAUGUGGAGAGCCAAGCAACCAUACAACGUCUCGGUUGCAGGGGAAGUAGCAGCGUUAGCUGCACUCUCAAACGGGAAGUACUUGGAAGAUGUGAGAGAUGCCUUGGUACGCGAAAGAGAGAGGCUUUUCGGGCUGUUGAAAGAAGUUCCUUUCUUGAAUCCUUUCCCGAGCCACUCCAACUUCAUUCUCUGUGAGGUUACAUCUGGAAUGGACGCGAAGAAGCUGAAAGAGGAUUUGGCUAAGAUGGGUGUGAUGGUGCGUCAUUACAACAGUCAAGAGCUUAAAGGUUUUGUCCGAGUUUCUGCUGGAAAGCCUGAACAUACUGAUGCUCUCAUGGAUUGUCUUAAGCAAUUCUAUUGACUUCCUCAUUUGUUUGGAACUCAUUGAAACAAAAACAAAAACAAAAAACUGUUUUGAGUUCCUCUCUGUUUUCACUUUGUUGGGUUAAAUCUUUCAGACUUCAGUUUAAUGAUCUAUUUGCAAUAAGAGAAACCUUUUCUUGUA